AUGCAAUCUGUCAACAGCACAUCUCGUCCUAUGGCUGUCAAACCCAUCUUCCGUCGCUCUCAUGAUGCGGCUGCCAAAACUCCAUCUCAGCGCCAGCCGGUGCCACCACCAAACACGACCAAAACUGGAAGAGUUCAUCGCUCCGAAGGGGGUGGUUCUCAUCGAAUCUCAAAGGUCAGAGAAGGCGACAGGAAAAAGCCGGAGCCAAGUUCAAUCUUAGCAGACAAGUUCACAGAAAGCCUCGAACAGUACCGAGAGAAUGUGCAGAUCGAAAGCACAGCCACGCUAGACGAGGCUGAGAGAAAAAUGAUCGGAGGCCUCACAGAACUCUCCAUCGAUAUCGAAAGUCAUUUUCGUGGAUUGGCAGAGAUAGAAGAGCCGUUGCAAAGACCAUUUGCUACCGAAGCGUUAACGAAAGUCCCAAACAGAACAGGUAAUCAAGGGGCUGAGGGCGAAGUCAUGCUCAAAGAUCGUAUCAUGCAAUUUCGUGCAUUGCGAGAAGAGAAAGAGGACGUCCUGAGCAAAUUGUGGAAUGAAUGGGAAGAUAUCCAGUUUGGUCUGAUAAGACUUGCCGUCGAGGCCUUCGGGAAGCAGUCACUCCUCAUCGCUCAGCUUCAAGAUAGAGCCAUGAAGCCAGGCCAGCAAGAGAGACUCGAGAACACCCUUGACUCUGCUCAAAAGAUACAUGAUGAGAUUCACCACCAACAUGCACAACUGGAACGAGACAUGACAGUAUUCGAAGAGACCAUUGGCCAGGUCUCGAAUAGAACGAAACACGCGGCCGCCGACAUGCAGCAGCAAUAUAACGUGCAAAAGAGCAAGUUGUUCAAGGGCCUCAUGCAAUCCAUUGAGCAGCUUGCGGCGUUGUGA